CUUCUUGUCCCUUCAUUCCUCCCCAAGUCACCUCAGAGAGCCCUCCAAAAUGGCAUAUGCCCAGCCUAUCCGCUCCGUCGACCGACGCUUCAGCACCACCGCGUUUGAGAUCCCUGGUUAUUAUAUCGCGCAGGCCCAUGGUGUCGUCCGAGGCAUCACUGUGAGGAACCCAAACGCCGGUAAAGCAUUUAUUGGCGUAUUCGCAUCCAUUGGCGGAGGAGAGAGUUCGACUUAUAUCGAAAUGGCUGAGAAGGCUCGCGAAAGAGCCUUCCUGAGAAUGCUGGAACAUGCCGCUGCCGCUGGUGGCAAUGCCGUGAUUGGAGUCCAGUUCACAGGACAGGAAAUCAUGGAGGUGAUGACUGAAGUUAUGGCCUAUGGAACCGCUGUUACAUUGGCGCCUCUUCAGCAACAGCAGAAUUACCAGUCACCUCCUCCUCAGCAGCAGCAGCAACCCCAGCAGCAGCAGCAGCAGCAACAGGUCUAUAGUCCAUAUGGAUAGCGCCCACAGCAGUAAUUCACCCCAGCAAUCCCCGAAAAGCAACAGCUGGGUUAUCAUAUAGUCUUUUCAGCAUACCAGGGGGCCCACGGAUGCCAGCACUAAUACCAAUGUUAGUUUUGUCUCUUAUCUACGACGCGUCUUGAAUAAAGAGGAGGUUCGAGUUUCUACGUUACAUUACAAACGUCAUGCUCAUCACGUGCGUAUCCCCCGCCAGAGGGAAAAGCAGAAACGGCUGAAGGGGGAGGGUCGACCUCUUGCUUGGUCAAGCGUU